AUGACUACGACAGCAUGUCACGAUCCUCUGUCCGGCUCUCAAUACUAUUUCACCUCGAAGAAACGCUCGCUCCGCGCGGAUCUGCACAUCCAAAUUUUCAGGCAAGCCAACCGACACCUAUCGGAGAUUAUUUGCGCCCUCUUCUACACAGUUUACGCUAAUUCCUUGACGUGGCUAUGUCGUGUGCUCGUGAAAGACACGCUGUCGAAAUUAGACAUGGUCUUUACCCCCGGAGCUCUCAAAAUUUAA